AUGUCGCGUCUCGGAUUAAUUCGUAAUCAGAUUGCUGAGAUAAGUAACGAUAAAGCGUUGCAAAAUGAUUUGAAAAUAUUACCAUCAAAUUACAAUUUUGAAAUCCCAAAAACGAUAUGGAAAAUUCGAACUGUAAGAGCCAAAAAUGGUAUUUGCUUGCAGUUUCCAGAAGGACUGCUUUUAUAUUCCUGUGUCAUUGCCGAUUUACUUUAUAAAUAUACAGGAUGUGAGGUUGUUAUUAUGGGUGACGUGACUUAUGGAGCGUGUUGUGUGGGCGAUCAAGCAGCUCGUGCAUUAGGAUGUGAGUUAAUGGUACAUUAUGGUCACAGUUGUUUAAUUCCAAUUCAAGAAACACAGGGCAUUGAAAUGUUGUACAUUUUCGUUAGCAUUGAAAUGAAUCUUAGCCAUUUUAUGGAUGCACUGAAAGCUAAUUUCGAGAAACACCAGAAACUUGCGUUGGUCAGCACUAUUCAAUUUGUUCCAUGCUUGCAGACACUCAAAAAAGAGCUAGGAAUGGAAGGAUUUACCAUCAUCAUUCCUCAAGUAAAACCUCUUAGUCCUGGGGAAAUUCUCGGUUGUACUUCUCCAAAAUUACAAGAAGAUGUUGAUGCACUCAUAUAUGUAGGUGAUGGAAGAUUUCAUUUAGAAUCAGUGAUGAUCCAAAAUCCGUCCUUUGUCUUUUAUCAAUAUGAUCCUUAUUCAAAGUAAGU